AUGGAAAUCGCGCUCUCACAGAAAAUAAAGAAGCAGCAGAUGGUACCAAUGCUAUCACCAAGUGUCAUUCCCGCUACUGGACUUGCGCAGAGCAUAGCUUCUUUUGCUCAACAACGUAUUUGGUUCGAUGAAAAAUCUCAUCAUAAUUCUGCGACAUCAUCAAUUGCAAACAAUCUUUUAUUACCGUUAGUGAUUAAGGGUGGUUCGAUGUCAAUAGAGUAUAUUCGUACAGCAGUGGAUACUGUUCUUGAACGACAUACGGUUCUUCGAACAGCCAUUCAGUUUGAUGAAGAAUGUGGAAAGGUGAUUCAACAGGUGCAACCCAUGGUGAAAAGCUGUAGUUAUUCUUUUCAACUAACAAAGAUGAGUCUUCAAUCUCAAGAUGAGAUUGGCGAUUUACUCAAAAACGAAUCUCUGAAUCGAUUUGCUAAAUUAGAGCAAGGUUUGGUUGUCCGUUGUCAUGUGGUAAAGAUAAGAUUUGAUGGCGAUAUGGAAAAUAUUUAUCCGGAUGACCUUAUUGUCUUUGUAUUUCAUCGCGUUUCUUUUGAUUAUAACUCUGCUGCUUCGUUUAUCACUGCUUUUACGCAAGCGUAUGAUCAAAACGAAUGUAAUGUUACGAAUUUGCAAUAUAUUGAUUUUACUCUGUAUGAGGAUCAACAAUUGAUCAAUGGAAACUUAAAUUCUGAGAUAGUGAUAGCUCAACAGUUUUGGCACAAAAUGAUCAAUGAUUAUAGUUUGGAUGAGAAAUAUCCACUGCCACUCACGUUUAUGCUAAGAGAUGAGAUACAUUCUGAACGAGAAUAUCGCACAUCAUUUGUUCUUAAUUCAAAUUUAAUGAAAGCUCAAAUUAAAUUUGCAGUCUCACAUAAUGUAUCUAUGUUUCAGCUUGGAUUGGCAUGCUAUUUUCUUCUUAUCUAUGAAUUAAAUGAUCGCACUAUUAGCGAUUUAUGUGUGACUUGUCCUACAGAAAAUCGACCAGUAGUCGACACGAAAUCAAUGAUUGGUGCAUUUGUGAAUAUAUUACCAUAUCGUAUUCGAAUCAAUGCCAAUGAUAGUUUUAUUAACUUAGUGAAGCAGAUUUGUCAAUUGGACACUGACAUUCUUAAACAUUGUCAACUACCUUAUCAGCAAAUCGUUAGUGGAAACAAAAACUUAUGUUCCAGAAAAAUUCCAUAUCAUUUUUCUUAUGAUUCAGUUUGCUUACUUCCACUAGAUGAAAUGAUAUUAACAACAAAGACAAAGGACGCCACAUUAAGUUUAUAUACCGAUCACCCAUGGUUGCAUGUUAACGGUGCUAGUUCUACUGAUUUUGCGUUAAAAAUGAUCUACGAUCAGUCUAGUCGAACAACUUACUGUACUUUUGAAUGCAGAGGUGACUGUUACGAUGAUAUGACAACAGCCAGUAUCGGUCAACACUUUCAUAAUCUUCUCUUAUAUAUUUUUGGUCAGAGAACGGAAAAUAAUGGAUUCGAUCCAACACGUGAAAAAAUUGGAAACUUCUCUCCUCUACAGAUAUCUAUUCCAAAUUCCUUAGAACUUUCUCAGUAUUUACCAAAUGUAACCGAAACAAGUCCAGCAUCCUAUAUGCAAACUCGAAUUUGGUUGGAUGAACGAAGAAGACAUUGUGAUUUUAACAAACCACAAGCAGCAACUUACAACAUAGCAUUUUUUUAUCGUCCUUUCCAUGACAAUACUUUGUCAACAAAUCAGCUAUGUCAAGCUCUCCAACUCAUUAUCAACAAACAUCAUGCCCUUUGUACAUCAUUUAUAUUCGAUACUGCUAAGGAUUUGCUCAUGCAGCAUAUCCUCGAUCAGAAAGAUAACAAAGGCAAUACGUUUUCAAUCGUCGAAAGCAUGUAUGACACUGAUGAACAAUUAACUGAUAUCCUGUAUAAUGAACAGACUAAUUCGAAACUCUUUGAUUUAUCUCUAGGUCUUGUAUUUCGAUGCCAUAUCGUCUAUCAUAAACACACCUCUAGAAAAGGUAUAGUCGGUGAAAGAGACGUGCUCAUUUUAAAUUUCCAUCAUGCUGUAUUCGAUCUUUCAUCAAUGAACAUAUUUCUUGAUGAUCUUAAUCAAGCUUAUACAACGAAUCAACUUCGAACUGAUGACGAUAGUUUACUAGAUUCUUUAAAAUAUACAAUCAUUGAACAACAAAUGCCAAUGCCUACUGCUACUAUGUUUUGGUUUAGUACACUUCGUGGUUGCAAUAUUGAUCAGUUACCACCAUUACCAUUUGAUCGUUAUCGUGUUUCGAGUAAAUCUCAAACAAAUCAUGGGAUAUCUAUUACUUUCAAUUUUGACCAAGAUUUAUCGCGUAAUUUUCUUUCUUAUGGGUCAUCAAAUCAUAUUAAGCCUGAAUAUAUAGCACUUACUACUUAUUAUGCAUUUUUAUCCAAGUUAACAAAUGGAGAAAAGGAUUUAUGUAUCGGAAUGAAUGCAGAUGGCAGAUACAGAGAUGAAUUAAAAUCAGUGAUUGGAAUGUUUGAUAAUGUGUUUCUAUUACGAUGUCAAUUAGAUCCUCAUUGGUUUUUCCCUCAAUUAACCAAGUCUGUUUGUGAAAUGGCAACAAAUUGUAAAAGAUAUUCUUAUUUUCCAUUUCAACGCGUUCUAAGUCAACAUUCAAGUACUUCGGAGCUUACGUUUCCUAAUACAUUUUUCGCAUUUCAAUCUACUAAAAAUGAAAUUAACAAGAAUAAAAUUAGUAUCGGUGAUUGUUAUAUGUAUACCAUGCGCCUUCCAGUUAAAACAAGGGAAGGUGAAAUACCAAGUAAAUAUGAUUUUAUUCUUAGUAUUAAACAUGAUAUGAAUAUAGAUCAACUUUCCUGUACGAUUAAUGCGUCACAUGAUUUAUUUAAUGUUGAAACAAUUGAUAAGAUAUCACAACGAUUUCAUGCGAUGUUAGAUCAGUUAUUUAUAUCUGGUGAUAUUCAGAUGAAUAAGUCACUCAAUGAAUUAUCAUUAAUAUUACCACAUGACCGAUUACUUAUGAAAUCGAUCAAUAAUACAGAAAUAUCGCCCCCUUCUGUCACUUGUAUACAUCAUCAAUUUAUUUAUCAAGCAAUGAAAUAUUCACAAAAACAAGCUGUUGAGCUUGAUGAGCAAUCUUUGACAUAUUCUGAACUUUUAUAUUACACACAAUUGUUAUCCAUGCAUAUUUUGAAUCAUCAUUUAGUCAUUCCAGGUAAAAUCAUAUGUCAAUGUGUAAAGGCUAGUAUAUCAAUGGUAAUUGGUAUGAUGGCAAUCGAAGUGACUGGUAGUAUCUACUGUCCACUUUCGCCUCAAGACCCUCGAGACAGACUGUAUUCACUAAUCGAACAAACUCAAUGUCGUCUAGUUCUUGUUCAUUCAAUGACACAAAAUAUGUUUCAUGAUAAGUAUCUUAAACUCAAUAUUGAUACUACGAUUAAUAUUGAUAAGAUAGCUAAUGAUGAUUAUCUCGAUCGACUAUCGCGCGUAGAAGUCACUUCGGAAAGCAUUGCGUAUGCAGUCUUUACUAGUGGUUCGACCGGUAUUCCUAAAGCUUCCCAAGUACGUCACCGAAAUUUUUCAUGUUAUAUUCAUUCAGUUGUAUUGGUCAGUUCUCUCAGCAAUAUGGACAUAGUGAUACAGUUGGCUGGCUGUUCUUUUGAUACUCAUGUCGAUGAGAUUCUAGGGGCACUUAUUAGUGGCUCAACACUUAUUAUGCUGCGUCCAGAAGGAAAUAUGGAUUUUGAAUAUAUAGCCACAACGUUGACUAAAAAGCAGCUCACCUACAUUGGUAGUGUACCAAGCUUUUUCGAUGGUCUUCUUAGUUUUCUUAGAAGCAAUGAUCGGACAGCAAUUCUAGAAUCAUUUCGGUUAAUUUGUAUUGGCGGCGAAACUCUUUCUGUUAAAAUGGCGAGUCUGCUGAAAUCCAGUGUGUCUCACAAUUGCCAAGUUCUAAAUUUCUACGGACCAACUGAAGCAACAAUCGGUUCUACUUUUUGUCUGGUUGAUAAUAUAUCUAACGUAAUGAGUAUACCUAUUGGGCAAUUACUUUCCAACUAUACAUGUUUUGUUGUCGACGAGUUUUUCCAACCUGUUACUGCAAAUCAAGAAGGUGAGCUGUUUGUUGGUGGUGAGGGCGUCUUUGCUGGCUAUCUCGGCCGAGAAGAUUUAACCGCGAAAGCACUUUUCGAUUUCAAUGGGUCGAGAUACUAUCGUACAGGUGACCUUGUUAAAAUAGAUAAUAAUGGCCUUCUUUAUUUUAUUGGUCGAAAGGAUUUUCAAAUUAAAUUACGUGGACAACGUAUUGAACUUGGUGAAAUUGAACGAUGCCUACUCAACAUAUCUAUCUCUGCUUGCAUUGUCAUUAAAUGGGAUGAUGAUCACCUAAUUGCUUAUGUUCAAAGUUGUGUUGUUGAUGAGAAACAAUUACGUAAACAUUGUCAAUCUCAUUUACCACGUCACAUGGUUCCGUCAAUGUUCAUCAUCCUAAAACAAUUACCAUUGAAUAAUAAUGGGAAAAUAGAUCGAAAACGUCUGCCACCUCCUAAUUUGUCGCUACUGACUUCGUCAUCGCCAAGUGCAUCUAGCACUCCGUUAAAUCAGUUGGAACAGCGUGUUCAUGAUAUAUGGUGUGAAUUUCUGAAGUGUGAUGGACGUUGUCUGCCGACAAACAAGAGUUUUUUCGAUAUUGGAGGGCAUUCCCUUUUGUUAAUUAAACUUUAUAAUCGCUAUCAAACUUCGUUUGAUUUUGACAAUCGUACGUUGUCUAUUGGUUUAUUUUUUCAAGAAUCAACUAUUAUUCAACAUGCAAAAUUAUUGCAGACAGUCACGAUUAAGAGUAUACGGACGAAACAAACGUAUACUUUAGGCGUAAAUCAAAUUGAAAAAUACCGACCAUUUCCAGUUACAGAAAUCCAACAGGCAUAUCUUAUAGGACGAGAAGUUAUUAAUCAGUCUGAUCACGCUUCUUGUUUCCAGUAUGAAGAAUAUGACAUGUCAUCAACAAUUGAUAUUGAACAAUUGGAGAAAGCGUGGAAUUAUUUAAUUCAACGUCAUGAAGCCUUACGUAUCAUCUUUCCGUCUAAUACAGAACAAAGAAUUCUCGAAAAGGUUCCUAACUACACGAUAUUUAUAUUGGACUUGAAUGAUAUUCAAUCAAUCGAAGAAGUAUUAAUAGAACGACGGAAACAACUAUCACAUCAAGUUCGACCAUCAAAUCAAUGGCCACUUUUUGAUAUUCAAGUGACCUGUUUUAGUAUUGGCAAUGAAUUUUAUAAACGUUUGCAUAUCGGUCUUGAUCUUCUCGUUUUGGAUUUAUGGAGUAUAAAGUUAAUUAUGAGUGAAUGGAAUCAGUUGUAUUUUAUGUCAAAUGCUCCUUUGAAUACUAUAAAUCUUUCUUUUCAAGACUAUGUCUUGACUCAACGACAAUUUAAAAAUACAACUACUUAUAAAAUGGAUAAAAAAUAUUGGCUUGAUCGUUUAAAUUCCUUUCCAUCAGGUCCUAAUUUGCCAUUACAAUGUUUGCCAAACGAGCUACACAUUCAGAGACAUUGUAAUUCGUCCUUAACAUUAGACAAAUCAAUAUGGCAGAAAUUAAAACAACGUAUUAGUAAUCAUAAGUGGACAUCAGUUAACUUUUUAAUAUCUAUUUAUGCGAUAGUUUUGUCCAAAUGGAGUGAAAACAAACAUUUUGCUUUUAAUUUACCAAUUUUUAACCAGUCAUCUACUCAUUCACAAGUAAAUGACUUAGCAGGUAAUUUUACAACAACUCUGCUAUUAGAGAUCAAUUUAACUGAACCAAUUAAUUUCAAUCAAUUCAUUGAAACUAUUCAAAAACAGUUACGAAACGAUCUCGAACAUAUAUCUUACAGCGGCGUAUCAUUUAUUCGCGACUUGAUGAAAGCACGUCAAACAAGAAAAAUAAUCUUACCAAUUGCUUUUACAUAUGGAAUAGGUACUCCUGACACAAAUAAAAACAACAAUCCAGAAAAUUACUGUUUAGAUCAACUGCCGGUGUAUUCGAUUGUUCAAAUACCACAAGUUUUUCUCAACCACAUUGUAUUCGAAAAAGAUGAACAUUUAUUAACCAAUUGGAAUUAUGUAGAAAAUUUAUUUCCAUCAGAAAUGAUCAGUAACAUUCAUCAUACAUUCAUUGACGUACUUCAACAAUUGGCUUUGUGUGAUGAUAUGUGGUACAAACCGCUCUUAAUCUCGCUUCCAAUUAAACAACAAGAAAGAAGAGCCAAUUUUAAUAAGACACAAUGGAAAUCAAAUACCAAAGAACAAUUACUGCAUUUACUCGUCAUGAAACAAGCUCAACAAACACCCGAAGCUUGGGCUGUUCAAACUACAAGUCAAAGCUUAACUUAUAAACAGCUGGUGGAUCGUGCUUAUUCAUUGGCAUAUUAUUUACAGCAACAACAUGAAAUGGAAUGCAAUCAAAUAAUCGGCGUCCUAAUGAAGAAAGGUUGGGAACAAAUUGUUGCUUGUUUAUCUAUUUUAAUCUCGGGUAAUGCUUAUUUACCUUUGGAUAUUGAUUCAUCAGAUGAUCGCCUGUCUUCAUUGAUUCAACAAACUAAUGUUAAAACUAUUCUUACACAAUCUGAUUGUCAUCAUCAAUUUCAAAAUUUAACAACCAUUUCAGUUACAACGUUCUCCAAUAUCGAUUAUCCUAAACCAUUUCCUUUGAAACAGCAAUUAGAAACCGAUUUAGCUUAUGUUAUCUAUACAUCUAGCUCAAAGUGUCACCCAAAAGGUGUUAUGAUUAGCCACCAGGCGGUGCUUAAUACAAUUAUUGAUAUGAAUUCAAGGUUAGAGAUUUCUCCUAAUGACAGCGUACUUGCAUUAUCCCAUUUAAAUGUUGAUUCAUCGAUUUAUGAUAUAUUUGGAAUGUUGAUCAAAGGUGGAACUGUCGUUGUUCCAGAUCAUGAACAUUACAACAAUCCCCAGCAUUGGUAUGAUAUGAUGAUUAAAUACGAAGUAACUAUUUGGAAUACUAUUCCUAUGUUAAUACAAAUGUUAAUUGAAUUUUUAAAACAGAAUUAUAGUCAAACACAAUUAAGACAUAUUUUAUUAAGUGGCGAUUUAAUAUCAUUAUCUUUAAUAAAAUCAAUACGGAAAACAUUUGGUGAGCAAUUAACAAUAACAAGUUUGGCUGGUGCAACAGAAGCAUCGAUUUGGUCAAUUGCUUAUACAUUACCCGAGAAGAUUCCACAAAAAUGGAAAUCAAUUCCAUGUGGAACACCAUUAAGAAACCAACAAUAUCACGUUUAUGAUAUAAAUCUUAAUGAAUGUCCUGAAUGGGUGACUGGAGAAUUAUAUAUUGGUGGUGUUAGUCUUGCUCAUGGAUAUUGGAAUGAUCAAGAACAUACAGAUUUAAAUUUUAUUAUUCAUCCACGAACUGGUGAGCGUCUUUAUCGAACAGGUGAUUAUGGGAGAUUUAUUUCUGAUGGUUAUAUCGAAUUUAUUGGACGAAAAGAUUCUCAAGUUAACAUUCAUGGUCAUCGAAUUGAACUUGGCGAAAUUGAAUAUUAUUUACAGCAACAUUCAGAUAUUCAUCAAGCAGUUGUUACUCAAGAUCAAAAUUCUCGACAAUUAGUUGGAUAUAUUCAACUACAAACAAAUUCUCAUCAUCAUAAUGAAUUUGAUCAAUUAGAAAUUUCAAUGUUUGAUCCAAUUGAACGUACUAAUUUUAAACUUGCAAGGCAUGGAGUAAAACGUCAAUAUGUAGAUGAAACAAGUUUUGUCUUGACGAGACCAGAGCUGACAGAAAAAUUAAUUAGUUCUUACUAUCAAAGAAAAACUUAUCGACAAUUCAUGAAUGACAUUGUUGAAAAAUCGGAUAUUGAACACUUAUUAACUAAAUGCUAUAGUAAUAAGAAAAAUACCGAACACAUAUCUGAAGAUAGUUUCAGUUUCGAUACUCUCAAUUAUUUAUUAUCAUUAUUAACACCGAUUAAUGUUCUCAAUCAACCUUUACCUAAAUAUCGAUAUGCAUCAUAUGAAAACCUUUAUCCUGUUCAAACAUAUAUUGAAAUUUGUACAUUCUCACAGAAUAUAUCGCCUGGUCUCUAUUAUCAUAAUCCAGUUCAACACACCUUACAAUUAAUUGAUGCCUUUGUUGACUGUAAGAAUAUUAAUACACGUCUACAUCUCAUUGGACGAUCAGCGGCAAUAGCGCCUCUGUGUGGAAAAACAUUAGCUUCACAAUUUUGUGAACUAGAAACGGGUUAUAUUAUAGGAUUAUUGAAAAAAGAAGCAGGUCGAUUAGGAUUUAUAAUUACAAGAACUAACCACCAUGAGAUACCAAUGUCUAUUUUCAAUUUAGAUGAAAAUGAUACUCAUUAUUGUUUCGAGUUUUCAUCUGUAAAAGAACAUGUAUGUGAUAGUUAUUAUCCGCGUUGUAUUAUUUAUCAAAAGUUCGCUCAAAAUAACGCAGAUCAAUGGUUUACCUAUGAUGAGAAAAAUGAAGCUAUUACACCUCUUGAUACCGAAGUAGCUACAGUAAAAGAAGAUAUACCAUUGUCCUUUGAAACUGAUAAUUACACGAAAGCCAUAUUUCGUAACUGUCAAACUGUGAUCUUUUUCAUCGGACGAUCUAAAGACAGACUAAGCACUGGUAUAAUGUCACAUUCACUAAUGAGUGAUGGCUUAGAAAUGAAUAUUGGUAUGUGUCCAAUUGGCGUAUCUACGAGUUUGCCAAUCAAUCUUCGUACUACACUAGAUAUUGUUCAAGCUCCUGAUUUUUUGAAUAGACAAGAUAAAUUGUUACAUACAUUAUUCAUUGGAAAAAUAACUAACGAACAAAAGUAUGACCGUGCAAUUUCGACCGCUAGAUCAAUGUCAGAUUAUAAUUUUUUGUUGAAAACGUAUUUAAACAACAAACUUCCAAAUUAUAUGAUACCAUCAUAUUUUCGGCAUGUCGAGACGUUUCCAUUAAAUUCAAAUGGUCAAGUUGAUCGGGAAUCCUUAGCGAAAACAUCAAGGACAAGUUUACAAAAAGAAAACACUUGUUUACCACCAAGCACUGAGUUAGAAAAGGUGAUUGCAAACAUUUGGAAUCAAAUAUUGAGUAAAGACCAAUUAUACAAUGAUUUGACAUCGAACGAAUGCAAUCAAUUGCCGUUGAUUACAAGCCAAGCAUUAUCUUCAGAUCUUAUUCAGUUAAAUACUUCAACGUUUUUUCAUCAAUCAAAUUCAGAUAGCUUCUUCGAUGUUGGUGGUGACUCUCUUUUACUUCUUCACUUGUAUCAGCAGUACCAAGCACUUUUCAAUUUUGAUCCUGAUAUUCUACCGAUUCGAUCAUUCUUUGAGUGUGAUACGAUAGCUGAACACGGAAAACUUCUGCAAGCAGUUAUACCACAUUCCAUUCAAACAAUACGAUGGCAAGCGCUGAAUAUUACUCAAGGUAAAGGUUUAAUGCUGCGCGAAGAAGUACACAAAAACGUUGGCUAA